AUGGCGCAGAAGACACCUCAACCAAAUUUGGCUUUUGAAAAGUCUUCCGAGUAUUUAAAACUUAAUACGCUCUAUGAGGAAUUUUUUAAAAAGGACGAAAAGAUCAAUAUUGAUAAUCGUUGUAAUAAUUUGAAUAAUCCUAAUGGGAAUGAUAAAGACGUUAGAGAACUUUGUAGCAAGGUUGUAAGUUAUUUAGAAAAAAUACCAAUGGUAAGCGAUACUAGGAAACGCAAUAAUUAUUGUAGUUAUUUACCAUAUUGGUUCUAUGAUGAAAUAGGGCGAAUACAUAAAGAUCACUCCAAAAAAAUGGAUGAUAUACCUAUUUUUAAAGAUAUUAUGGGUGUGGCGAACAAGGUUAAUGUACCACCUAAAACAUAUAAAUGUACUUUAAAAUAUGACAAAAAUGUUAAUUUAGAUGAAUUAUUAAAAAGGAAAAUUUCACAUAUUUAUUUUAAAAAGCAUGAUAAUAUUAAAAGUUUUAAACAGAACCCACAAACGAAAGAUUGCAAUCAUUAUUUUACAUAUUUGACUUAUAUUAAAUCAUUAUAUGAAAAAUAUCAUAAGGAACAUUGUUCUAUUUCUUGGCUUUUUUCUUCUGACCCUGAUUAUUUUAGCUGCACAAGUGCUUAUAACCCAAAGGAUUUUUUAUCUACAGCAGAAAAAUGUAAAGCUAAAGAAAAUGGCGGUGGUAGUGGUUCAUUUUUUGAUAUAUUUUGGGGUAGUUCAUCAUCUGGAACAUCUUCAAAUAGAAGUGGCACAUCAAUUCAAGCGCCAGCGAGGGCUGCAACUUCAGAAGCUAAAAUGCCUGGAAAUGCUAAAAAUUCAUCACCUGGUGGUUUACCAGAGAAUAAAGGUGUAAAGGGAGCAACAGGGGUUGCAGCAGCUGGGAAUGUAUCAAAAGGUUUAUCAAGUUCAACAAGUCCAGUAACUGCAGCAAGUUCAACACGUCCGGGUGCAGAAGCACCAGUACGUGAUAAUGUAUUAUCUAGAGGAGGAUUACUUGGACAGGCAGUUACUUCAAAUCAUAAAGGAGCUCUUAGUCCUUCGCCCAAAGAGGGCCCUGGGCAAGGUAUUAAUGCAGUUCCACCUUAUACUUCAGACACUGGAAAUGGUAAAAAACCUGCUCUUCCUGCUGAUUCCCCUAGUACUUUGGAAAGUGUACCUGAUAAUGUGGAUUCAAAAUUUUAUCGUAAUAUCAUCAUGGGGGUAGCAAUAAUUGGAACGAUUUUCUUCCUUAUCUAUUACAACAUGUCUUCAAGAUUAAAAUCGAGAUUUCCCAAAAGGAAACGGAAAAAAAAGAUAUUUGAACAUAAUUACUACGAAGAGUAUGAAAAGGAGUUAGCGAGGUAUGAAUCAGAAAAUGAAUCUUUAGAUUCUCAAUCGGAUCGAUAUUAUUUAAAUUAUCAACCUGAAGGAGAUUAUUAUUACUAA